AUGCCAUUCCCAUACUUCCGCCAUGGCAGAUCGGCGGACGACAAGGGGGAGUCCAACUCUGCGCCCGUUGAUCAUGGAGAGGUUACAGUUGGAAAUUUGCACUACGUCGUAGGAAAAGCAGGUAAUGAUUCUCCGCCAGCAUAUCAGGAAGCUAGUGGUGCUCCUGUGGAAACAAAGUCUCCAUUCGGAUAUGCAGUUGGUGCUGUCACGAUUGUGUUCCUGAAUCUAAGCAAGAUGAUUGGAACUGGCAUCUACUCUACACCCGCUUCAAUUCUCAAGGGAACAGGCUCGAUCGGAACCAGCAUGCUAUACUGGUUCUUUGGGUAUAUUAUCUCUCUGUCCUCGUUAGCGGUUUACUUGGAGUACGCCUCAUACUUUCCGAACCGAUCUGGCUCCGAGGUGGCCUACUUGGAGCAAGCCUAUCCUCGGCCGAGAUAUUUCUUCCCAGUUGCUUUUGCAGUCCAAACUGUCAUCUUGUCGUUUAGUAGUGGAAACGCUAUAGUCCUAGCCAAAUAUCUCUUCGCCACUAACGGUCACGUCCCUACAAACUGGGAACUUAAAGGUGUUGCAAUUGCUAGCUAUACAGUCGCAGUCCUCCUGCUGGCGUUCCACACUCGAUUUUCCUACCGUUUAUCCAAUGCCAUUGGCAUAGUCAAGCUUCUCACAUUGGUCUUCAUCGCUAUCACCGGGCUUGUAGUUCUAGGAGGGAAUACGAAAGUCGCCGACCCGCAGGUUAACUUCCGAAACUCCUUCCACGGCACUCCCACUGCGUAUGGAGCAACAAAUGCUUUGUAUAAAAUCGUAUUCUCCUAUGCUGGUUAUGAAAACGCAUUCAAUGUCGUGAACGAGGUCAAGAACCCAGUGAAGAAGCUCAAGAUCAAUGCCACCAUCGCGUUGACGAUAGUUGCUAUUCUGUAUGUAAUGGCAAAUGUUGCCUACUUCGCUGCGGCCCCGAAAGCAGAGAUUAUUGCCGCGAAAGAAAUUUCCGCCGGAUUGCUCUUCCAUCACGUCUUCGGAUCAGGUCGAGCAAGCAAAGGGCUCAACUUCCUCAUUGCGCUCAGUUCAUUCGGGAACCUAAUUGCCGUUCUACUUGGGCAGUCAAGAUUGAUUCGAGAAUGCGGAAGACAAGGCGUCCUGCCAUUCCCCCGAUUUUGGGCUUCGACUAGGCCUUUCGGCACGCCUCUCGGGCCAUACUUCGUGAAAUGGAUACUUACGGUCAUCAUGAUCGUUGGGCCACCGGCUGGCGAUGCCUUCAACUUUGUCGUUGAUCUCCAAGUGUAUCCAGCUUCUCUAUUCAACGUUACGCUUGCAGUUGGCAUUUACAUUAUCCGCUGGCGUCGAAAGCGUCUAAACCUCGAAAGAUCGAGUUUCCGCGCUUGGGACGUCGCAGUGGUUUUCAACAUCGCCGUCAACUUGUUCCUCAUCGUAAUGCCAUGGUACCCUCCCAGCACUGGGCGAUACGGAGGCGAUGUAAGCUUCUGGUAUGCGACAUAUGUUGUAACGGGCAUUGGAAUCCUUGUACUAUGCGGCAUAUAUUACGUUAGUUGGAUCUACUUGGUUCCAAAAUGGCGAGGGUAUCGCAUCCGACAGGAAGUUUUGGUGUUGGAGGAUGGGGCCCAGAGCCAUCGACUCGUCAAGGUUCCCGUAGCAGAACUGGAGCAAUGGGAUGCUACCCACAAUGCCGUUGGUAACAUUCUGCGAUCGGAGACAAGCAGCGACACCAAAGAGCGUGAAGAGGUCUUCGUUGGUACUAAGGAAGCUUGAUAAUGAUGAAUAUCUUCGGAAGACGGCAUUUGAUCGGCAUCGUUACCAUUCUUUUGAU